AUGGCAACAAAAUCCAAGGGAAAUAUGGAGAAAACCGAGUCAAUAGAAACCAAGAAGAAACUAAAUGUGUUGAUAGUUGAUGAUGAUCCAUUAAACCUUAAACUCCACGAGAGGAUCAUCAAAAUGAUCGGAGGGAUUUCUCAGACGGCGAAGAACGGUGAGGAGGCAGUAAUUCUCCACCGCGACGGUGGUGCAUCUUUCGACCUUAUCCUAAUGGAUAAGGAAAUGCCCGAGAGGGAUGGAGUUUCGACCACUAAGAAGCUAAGAGAAAUGAAAGUGAAGUCAAUGAUUGUUGGGGUUACGUCACUGGCUGACCAGGAAGAGGAGCGUAGGGCUUUCAUGGAAGCUGGGCUUAACCAUUGUUUGGCAAAACCCUUAACCAAGGCCAAGAUCCUCCCUCUGAUUAACCACCUCAUCGAUGCUUGA